GUUUAUAAGUCCCGAUCCAAAAGCCGAAUGCGUCAGUUGGAGCUUAACUUCGCCAGCGAAAAGAUGUCGAUGAUUCCCACGUUCACCCAUCUGUCCCUUAUAUUGUGUGUCCUGGGUUAUGUGUCUGCAUAUCAGCAAAAUUGUCAACCAAAUGGAGGAUAUUGCCAGAUGCACACGGACUGCUGUUCCAGAACCUGCAAGACCUACAAUUUAGUUUGUGCUCCUAGGGUUGACGCCUUUGAUCCAAUUAAAUAUACUAAGAUAAAUAUUUUCGAUGAGACGCCUGUCAAACAACCCAAAGAUGAGGUGAAAAUUUAUGGUCUUCCUGGUGAGUCAGAGCCAUCGAAAGACGUUUUUUUCGUCGGGCCAAAGACAAAAGCAGCGGCAGAAUGCGGGCAAACUGGUGAACCUUGCUCCCGGGCUGAAGAAUGCUGCAACUUGCGAUGCCACACUUAUAUGCAUAGGUGUGUCACCUGAAAAAUAUUCAAGCAUACGGAAAGAUGACAGCCAGAUAAUUACCAAAAUCCAUAUUCGGAAAGGGUGCAGCCCCAAUUUAAUACAUAUAAGAUAAUGUUGUGUAAUAUUCCGUUAGUUAUGAUAUUCAAAAAAUUACAUUUUUGUAUUUAAUUAUCUUAACCCUCUCUUAAAUAAAUGAAGGCUAUACAUUGAAAAAUA